UUUGUCUGGCUCUUGGUUAACGCUUUUGCCACCCCAGGAAUGCUGUCUCUCAACAGGAGUCUGGAAAAGACUUUUGCAAUCACAAACAUCUCGAGUUUCUUUUCCUGGGAUAAUGACAGCCUGGCCGCCUGGCAGAGCUUUGUGAACAGGAGCCGGUACGGAGCAGAGUCUCAGAGCAUGACGGUGAAAGCCCUGCUCAUUGCAGCGUACUCCUUCAUCAUCGCCUUCUCCCUCUUCGGCAACACCCUGGUCUGUCACGUUGUCAUCAAGACCAAGCGCAUGCACUCCGCCACCAGCUUGUUCAUUGUGAACCUGGCUGUAGCUGAUAUCAUGAUCACCCUCCUCAACACACCUUUUACACUGGCUCGUUUUGUGAACAGUACCUGGCUGUUCGGGAAGGGGAUGUGCCAUGUCAGUAGGUUUGCACAGUACUGCUCCCUGCACGUCUCUGCCUUGACCCUCACAGCCAUUGCCGUGGACAGGCACCAGGUUAUAAUGCACCCUCUGAAACCUCGCAUAUCUACUGCAAAAGCUGUUAUCUACAUCUCUGUAAUCUGGAUCAUGGCAACUUGUUUCUCUCUACCACAUGCUAUCUACCAAAAACUCUUUACCUUUGAAUACAGUGAGGAGGUUACCCGGUGCCUGUGUCUGCCAGAUUUCCCUGAGCCUGCUGACCUCUUUUGGAAGUACCUCGACUUAAUGACCUUCAUUUUGCUCUAUGUCCUGCCUCUGCUGGUCAUCUCUGCUGCCUACGUGACAGUGGCCAAGAAGCUCUGGCUGCGCAAUGUCAUUGGGGACGUCACCACUGAGCAGUACUUCGCCCUUCGCAAAAAGAAUAAGAAGACCAUAAAGAUGCUGUUGCUUGUUGUCAUCCUCUUUGCAGUCUGCUGGUUCCCCUUGAAUUGCUACGUCGUCCUCCUCUCCAGCCAGACCAUCGACACCAACAAUGCCCUGUACUUUGCCUUUCACUGGUUUGCAAUGAGCAGCACAUGCUACAACCCCUUCAUCUACUGCUGGCUCAAUGACAGCUUCCGAUCAGAACUGAAGGCUUUGCUCAACAUAUGCAGGAAACCCCCCGCGCCUACAGAGCAGAGGCUUCCCUCCAGAGUCCCAUCCUACCAGCUGGCUUGGCCAGAAAACAGCAACUUCAAGAGGCUGCAGGCCUCCCGUGUCCUUCCAUCGGCCUCCAACAUCCAGUCAGGAAAAACAGACAUCUCUGCAGUUGAGCCGAUGGUAGCUGCGAGCUGAGUGGUGGGUCUG